AUGACCACCUUCUCUCCGCCCAGCUCGCUCGAAGCUAAACUCGUCGUCCUCGGCUCGCAGGGCGUCGGCAAGACAUCGCUAGUCCACCGUUACGUCAAGAACGCCUUUAUCCCACCCGCAAAAGCUCAGAGCACGGUCGGUGCCUCCUUCCUCACAACAAGAGUCAAUGAUCCCGAGUCUGGAGCGACAAUAAGAUUGCAGAUAUGGGAUACGGCAGGGCAGGAACGCUUCAGAAGCAUCUCGAGGCUGUAUUAUAGAGGAGCGCAUGCGGCGAUACUGUGCUACGACGUUACGAGCAAGAAAAGCUUCGAUGAGAUGGGACGAUGGUUGCAGGAAUUGAAGGAGAAUUGUGGGAUCGAGUCCGGCAGGGGUGAUCUGAUCAUCCAUGUAGUAGGCACGAAAAGCGAUGUCGUAGCGCAGGACCCCAAGAAGAGAGAGGUGCCGUUUGAGAGGUGCAUCGGCUAUGUUGCAGAGCAACUAUACCCGGAGACUGCUACGGGUACACCUAAUCUCUCUGCCACGCAGGGUAGUCCGCCAAGUACUCACCAUGGCCUCUCCACCGCCACCACCAUCUCCAGCCCACACACCAACCGCUCGUCCGGCUUCUGGGGCCAAGAGGCAAUCUGGGACUGCUGCCACGAAAUCUCCGCCAAAGAUGGCGAGGGUAUUGACGAAGUCUUCCGCGUCAUCACACGUAAACUGGUCGAACAGAAUAUCAUGCGAUCAGAGAAGGCUAGACUGCUCGAAGAAUUUACGGCGAGGGGGAAAACGCCGGGAGUGGAUGCCAAUGGUGGACAGGGAUACUUUGAUCUUCCGAAUGGUGGUAAUGGCAGUUUUAGGGUGGGUGCAGGCGAUAAGAGGAGGAGCUGGUUGGGGUUUCCUGCUACGCCUGGUGCACUUUCGGCUUGGACGGGCGAUGAGACGGAAGCUGAUCUAGAGGUGAACCCGAGGAGAAAAGUCAUUGAUGCUGCCCUCAGUGGCGAAGGGAACGGCUUAUUAUGA